AUGGCAAUAUCAGAUACCAAUCCCAAUACAGAUGCUAUCAUCAAUGGUUCUCUAUUUCAUGGUUCAUUCUACAAAUAUGGAGGGUUCAUAGCAUCUAUCGUUCUUCGAAAGUCUAAACUAUCACCAUUUAUACCUAUCUUUUCAUCGAUGUUUGGUAUGGCUAUUGGUAUUUGUUUUGGUGGUUUAUCUGCAUUGAUUAUAGCAGCAAUAUAUAGAUCAGCAUGGUUCCUACUUCCAUGGCAUUACGGAAUAGUUUGGGGUAUUGGUCUAUCAGUACUUCACUUUAUUUUAGCAUUCACAUUAAAGUUGUUCCAAGUUUAA